UGGGGACAGUUUAAACACUUCCUUAUAUCCAUCGCAAACCACAAGUAGCUUUUAACAUUCAACUGGAUUUCCCCCUCUUUUCAGCCUUUGACAAUAUUGAUAACGCAUACUUUUAUUUGAGAUUUAGACGAUGGCGGAAAAGUACCAACUUUUGUAUUUUAACAAAAGAGGUGGAGGGGAGAUAAUUAGAUUAGUGUUUGUUACAGCAGGAGUACAAUAUGAGGAUAUUAGGCUUGAUAUGGCAGAAUGGUUAAAACUGAAAUCAGAUAUGCCGAUGAGAUGUUUGCCAUGUUUAAAAAUUAUUAAAGGAGAAAGAACUUUCAUUCAUUGUCAGUCUGGAGCGAUUGCAAAAUAUCUAGCGAGAAAGUUUGGACUCUACACGGAUAAUGAAGACGACAACUUGCUUAUUGACGAGAUGUACGACAGCGUUGGUGACGUAAGAAAUGUCUUUGUGCAAGUACAGCUGUGUAAGGACGAAGCAACCAAAAAAGAUUUGAAUGAGAAGCUGUUGACUGAAAUGCUGCCUAAGUUUGCCUCUUUCUUUAAGCUACGGAAGAAUGACUUCGGUGGCAAUGGGUAUAUCAUUGGCUCAAAGAUGACACUCGCGGACCUUGCUGUAUUUAACAUGGUUGAUAGUUGUAUUGAGAUGGGCCUCGAAUCACUAUGGAAACCAUACCCGUUGUUACUAGAACAUAGACAAAAUGUGAUAAAAGAUACUAACAUUGCAAAAUGGUUACAGACACGACCCAGAACUGAAGUUUAGACUUAUAUGAUGUAAAUUUAAUGCCUUUAAAACAUAUGUUUAUAUUCGCUACAUUUUUAUUUAGUCUGUAUGAAAAAUUUGCAGUGUCUUACAUAAAAAUAUGAUUCUGA